UCUGCUUGUGCUCACCCUGGCUGCGAGUGGUGGCCUGGCUAGCACUGGUAGCAAAAUGGACGAUUUUGAGCAUCUAACAAUGACAGAGAUGUGCGAAUUGCUGCCAUCAGACCAGAGUUUCCUGCGCCCAAACACCUGCAACUACUGGGUCCGCUGUCCGGCCAAUGGCAACAACAUGGAGGAGGGCACUUGUGCCACUGGCCUCUACUAUAACAAAGAGGGCGGUCGUUGCACCAUGGCAGCAAAUGUGGAUUGCCCAUAUCUCAAGAGUGACACCAAUACUAUUGUGAAUGCAUGUGCCGACCAAGUGGAUGGGUCCUUCCUUGCCGAUCCCACAAGCAACACCUGUCAGGGCUACAUUCUGUGCAAGGGUCAUCGCGAGGUCAAGGCCAACUGUCCCACUGAGCUGAUCUUCAAUCCGAAAUCCCACUCUUGCGUCUAUUCCACCAACUAUGAUUGCCCCGGCAGCACCAAGAAGACAAUCUCGCCAGUCUGCCGCUCAUUGCCGAACAACACCCGGCUCGCCAACGAGGAGCAUUGCAACAAGUACUAUGUCUGCCAAAAUGGAGAGCUCCAUGAACGCGAAUGCGCCGCCCAGAUGGCCUACGAUGUUGCCCUGGGUCGCUGUGUGGCCGUCGCCAAUGUCACCUGCUAUGGAAAGGCUGCAUUGCCUCCGCCAGAGAACACUUUCUGUUUGGUCAACGGAACAACAGCGCGUCAGGGUUACUUUGCGGAUGACGAGUCCUGCAGCCACUAUUACAUCUGUAACGCUCCCAUCAAAGGCAAGCACGAUACAAACCCUCAGCAUCUUGUCUGCCCAAUGGGAACAUAUUUCGACUACGAGAAGCUCUCCUGUCGAGACCGUCUCAAUGUGCGCUGCACUCUGGAUCGUUGCGCUGGCUCCACCCUGACCUAUGUCAAUGUGCUUGGUGACUGUCAGGCCUAUGCUCGCUGCUCGGCAGGUGUUACCGUCGGUUCCGGUCAGUGCCCCACCGACUACUACUUUGAUGAACGCAGCCAGGGAUGCACCCCCAUCAAUCACAACUACAUCGCUUGCGCGGCAUAAACGCGAAAAUUAAUUUAAAAACGAAGCCCUUAUUAAAAGAUUCAG